UUCGCUUCCUUUUGCACUGCACUCGAUCAGUCUCUGCCUACCUUCCUUGGCAUCCUCACUACCACCUCUUCACCUGCGAACGACUUUCACGGAUCCGAGCUCGCCCGAACCUCCCUAGAACACAUCGGGAUAUUUCUUCUUAUCUAUCGAACUCCCGUUUCCCCACGGGUCGACUUGGUCACUCUGUUUCUCUGUGUACUCAUGCUUACCAACUUGCCGAACCGAAGGAUUUCUCUCUCUUGAGCAUGAGAAGGACCACCAACUCAUUCACAAUUCAACAUCUAAGAUUGAGCUACCAGCAUGCACACUGGAUACAUAUGCUCCAGCAAAAGUUUUCGUACAGAAAACUAAAGCACCUUGGACCACAUAUUCCGAGCACAGGGGAGAAUCAGUUUUAGGUCUCCACAUAAUGGAGCGAGAAUGAACAGAGAGCGGCUGAAAGAAAAGCAUGAACUGGAGGUUUAUUGAGGUCAUCUGCUUCCUGUUUAUAUGGGACCAUAUAACAGUUCAGUCUUCCCGCCAGGACCUGUCCGCUGCCGAUCAACAUGUCACUAAGCAGUUUGAUUGGCUCAUCUCCGACCGCGGACCUUUCCACCACUCUCGGAGUUACCUCUCCUUUGUGGAAAGAUUCCGCCAAGGAUUUACAACCAGAUAUAAAAUUUAUAGGGAGUUUGCGCGUUGGAAGGUGAGGAACACAGCCAUUGAGAGGAGGGACCUGAUCCGGAACCCUGUGCCGCUCAUGCCAGACUUCCAGCGCAGUGUCCGGUUGCUAGGGCGACGACCCUCCACUCAACAGUUCAUCGACACCAUCAUCAAGAAGUAUGGAACCCACAUCCUGAUAUCCGCCACCUUGGGAGGUGAGGAGGCAUUGACCAUGUACAUGGCCAAGAACAAGCUGGACAGAAAGGUGGUCAACGCCACUCAGAAUGUGGAGGCCCUGCACCAGCUGGCCUCCUCCUACUUCAUUGACCGAGAUGGCACCAUGAGGAAACUCCAUGAGAUCCAGAUCUCUACCAAUGCCAUCAAGGUGACAGAGACUCGUACUGGCCCACUGGGAUGCAGCAGCUAUGAUAAUCUGGACUCGGUGAGCUCUGUACUCCUGCAGAGCCCGGAGAGCAAGCUCCAUCUUCAAGGUCUCCAGGUCAUCUUUCCAGAGUACCUCCAGGAGAAGUUUGUUCAGUCGGCUCUGAGCUACAUCAUGUGUAAUGGGGAGGGGGAGUACGUCUGCCGGAACAGCCAGUGUAUCUGCAUGUGUGCUGACGAGUACCCACAAUGCAACUGUCCUAUCACCGACAUUCAGAUCAUGGAGAACACCCUGCUUGGGCAGGCGGAGUCCUGGGCCACCUCUUACAAGGACUUUGAGAACUCAGAUGAGUUUAAGUCGUUCCUGAAGAGGCUGCCCUCCACCCACUUCCUGCCGGUCAGCAGUGUCCACCUCCUGUGGGGCAGUGACUGGGACCUGCAGGCCCGCUACCGCCUGCUCCAGAGCUCCCUGGAGAGUCAGAGGCUCAAGAUCCAGCGCACCGCCCGCAAGCUCUUUGGCCUCAGCAUCCGCUGCCACCACAACCCCAACCACCAGAUGCCUAGGGAGAGGUCUGUGAUGCAGUGGCUGAACAGGGUCCAGUCCUUCCUCUACUGCAAUGAGAACGGUUUCUGGGGGACCUUCCUGGAGAGCCAGAGGAUGUGCGUGUGCCACACGGGUAUCACCCUAUGCCAGCGACCCAUCCCAUGUAUCAUUGGGGGCAACAACAGCUGUGCCAUGUGCAGCCUGGCCAACAUCUCUCAGUGCGGCUCCUGCAACAAGGGGUACAAGCUGUACCGAGGCCGCUGUGAGCCCCAGAACGUGGACUCAGAACGCAGCGAGCAGUUCAUCAGCUUUGAGACCGACCUGGACUUCCAAGACCUGGAGCUCAAGUACUUGCUCCAGAAGAUGGACUCGCGCCUCUACAUCCACACCACCUUCAUUAGCAACGAGAUCCGCCUGGAGACCUUCUUUGACCCACGGUGGCGCAAGCGCAUGUCCCUGACCCUGAAGAGCAACAAGAACCGGAUGGACUACCUCCACAUGAUCAUUGGGCUCUCCAUGAAGAUCUGCCAGAUGCGCAACAGCAGCAUCGACCCCAUGUUCUUUGUUUACGUGAACCCGUUCAGUGGCAGCCACUCAGAGGGCUGGAGCAUGCCCUUCGGUGAGCACGGCUACCCGCGCUGGGAGAAGACGAGGCUGGGGAACUCCCAGUGCUUCAAUUGGACCCUGCUGCUGGGCAACCGGUGGAAGACCUUCUUUGAGACGGUGCACAUCUACCUAAGAAGCCGCGCCAAGAUGCCCACUGGGUUACGCAAUGACACGGGCCAGGGUCCCGUGGACCUGUCCGACCCCAACAAGCGCCAGAUCUACAUCAAGAUCUCCGACAUCCAGGUGUUUGGUUACAGCCUGCGCUUCAACGCAGACCUGCUCCGCAGCGCCGUGCAGCAGGUGAACCAGUCGUACACCCAGGGGACCCAGUUUUACUCCUCCUCCUCUGUCAUGCUCUUGCUGCUGGACAUUAGGGAGCGGAUUAACCGCCUGGCCCCUCCAGUGGCACCCGGGAAACCCCAGCUGGACCUGUUUUCCUGUAUGCUGAAGCACAGGCUCAAGCUGAACAACAGCGAGAUGAUCCGGGUCAACCACGCCUUGGACAUGUACAACACAGAGAUACUGAAACAAUCAGAUCACCUAACUACCAAACUCUGCUGAGAUACAGUAAACAAACAUACAAAAAAAAGAGCAAACAGACACUACAAAUAUAACUGUUUGGGGAUAUUCCUUUUUAUUUCCUUUUUAUUUUUUUCCUUUUUGGACCUUUUUGUUCUGCCUUUUGAUGUAUUAUUAAAACUUUGUAAUUGUAAUUGUUAAAAUGAAACUCAAAAAGGCAGUGAUGAAGCCUUUUAGUUGGAUAAAGAAGAAGAUUAAUGAAAACCACUUUAAAGACUGUACCAUAUUUUGUCCCAGCAUGUCUGUCAUUUCCUAAAAGAGCAUAAAGAGAAAAAAAUAAGAAAAACAAUUAAAUCCAUCUCCUGGUGACAAAGAGGCCUUUAUUUUAGUCUGAGGGAACAAAGGUUAUAUCUGAAACUGCCAUUAUUUACUGAGUAAAACAUUUUUAAAGAUAUAAUAAAGUUGCAUAAGGGCAGACCAGAUAUCAUCCUUUUAUUUCAGUUAAUAUGCUUUAUCAACAAGCAAAAUAUUACAAACAUGUAAAAUGACAGGUUAAUACAGUAUGAAGGCAUUCAUACAUUUUAUGGGUAAAUAGCCCAGCAAGCAAAUACUUUAAGCAUUAGCUAUAUAGUCUCUUUAUAACAUUAAAUACUCAUGACAAGUCUGCAUCCCUCUCUUUGUGAAGUAAGGUUUAAGGCACUUUGUUUCUGUACUUAAAGCAUAGGCACACGACCAGGGCAGCGGAUAGUCAUUUCAUGUCAAAUAACAGAAACCAGCUGUUUAUAUAUGUGUAUACCUUUAUUUAGCUUGAUGCUUAUUGCUGUUCGUUAAUUGAAUGUGUCAUUUGAGAGUGAGUGAAUCAAGUCUAAGCUGAAACUUAUCUUUGGGCGCUACCUCCCGUGCUUGAAAUUCUACAGGCAUUUCUCAUGAGGGGGUUUCUUCUGGUGCCUGAGUGCAAUAUUGUGGUCUGAAGAUGAACAAUCAAUGCUAUUUCGUACAGCUUUGCAAAACGUACACCUUGUGACUGCUGAUGUGUCAAGCUUUUCGGCACCAAGAGCAAAUUUGAGCAUCGAUCAUUCGCGUACAUCUGCAACAGACACCAUGAAAGCCAUACAUUUCCCCGAGGUACACAUAAGACAUGGAAAGCCCCGUGAUCCAUUUUCUAAAACAUGAAAAAUGUCCCAUUCAUGUAUUUUAUGUUGUCGUUGUUGUUUCCCCCAAAUUCAUUUCAAAUGGAGGAUAACACAGUGGACAGAGAGAGUGUAUUCUGUGGGAUUAUGGGAUGACAUUGUAAAGCCAUUGGGUUUCUAUUUCUACUAACUAGAGUGAACCCACAUGGGAAACAGUUAUAUAAAAGCUUCAAAUACUUCUGUUCAUUUUAAUCUGUAAAUCUACUUUCUAUUUUAUGUACUUUUUUUUAUGCCACGUUGGAUCUUAACUUUGAAUGACCAUGCAAAUCAGAUUUAACCCUCUGACACAAGGUUGUUUAAUCUUUCUAGUCAUACUUUAUUGAAAGCACUGACAUGACAUACGUUUAUAGCUAUAUAUAGCUACAUAAAUAAACAUAGUAUCAAACAUCA